AUGGUGCAAGUGAUGAGCCUGAAACAGAAUCAAAAGCGGGAGAGCAGCUGCCGGGCAUUAGGGACCACAGGAUCGGGCACCUACGCCCAAAUCCUGGGUGGCUCUUGCGUUAAAGUAGUGUUAAAAAUUAUACACAUUGUAUUUUUAUAUCCAAUUGAAGAUGCAGGCCCUCUGACUAAACAGGCUGAAAGAACUGUUGCUGCAGACUGGAAAAAAAAAUUGACUCCAGAGCAAUUCUAUGUUACAAGAGAAAAAGGAACUGAACCGCCUUUCAGUGGAAUCUAUCUGAAUAACACAGAACCAGGAAUAUACUACUGCGUGUGCUGCGAUGCCCCACUGUUCAGUUCAGAAAAGAAGUACAAUUCUGGGACUGGAUGGCCUUCGUUUUCUGAAGCUUAUGGUACUUGUGGCAGAGAUGAAAGUAAUAGCAAUAUCAUGAGACGACUAGAUAACUCAUUGGGAUCCACAAGGACUGAAGUCAUCUGCAAACAGUGUGACGCCCAUCUAGGCCAUGUGUUUGAUGAUGGUCCUGCACCUUCUGGGCAGAGAUUCUGUAUCAACAGUGUUUCAUUAAAUUUCAAACCAGACUCCAGUCAGUAAGAAAUGGAUUUUUGUGGCCUACAGAACUUUCUUUUGCCAUUCAUACAACAAGCUUGUGAAAAACGAUCACAUUGUUAAAUAGAACUCAAAUUUGAGUUCCUUAUGCUGUUGCAGUUUUCUUUCCAGCUAUUGUCAGUGUUGAUCAAAUGUGUAUUUUCGUGAUGCAUGUUGGGCAGUCUGCCUUUUCAUGGUUAGUGUGAUGUAAGUGUUGAUGUUUACAGUAUUUUUAAUUAAAAAAAUCUGUGUGAUAGAGUCAUAACUCUCAUCAUUAACUGCGUUGAGAAUGUUGAAAUGAAAUGCUUUCCUGAAACUGACUUUGCCUAUGCUGAACUUAAAAUGUUAAAAGAUAUUCUAGUUGUGACACCCAGGAAGACAGUUACACGCUGCUGAUCAUGCCAGAGCUUUUACUUCAAUAUAUUGAGCUCAUCAUAUCCUAGAGGAAAGCAAAAAUAACAGGAGUCUCCAAAUAAGGUUUGAGAGCUUUUUUCUUUUUUUUUUUUUUCCUCUCUGAUGUGAGAGACAUUUAGCCACAUCAGUGACUUUUCUGUGAACCCAUAAAAGCAAAGUUCUGAAGUAGGGCCUAGCUAAAACUAUUCCAGGAAACAGAACCAGUGGAGAUAUGGAGUCUUUCUUUUAAAUCAAUGACUUUGAUUCCGUGUCCAAUAGAGAGCUGAAGUAGGGUUUGUUCCACGAACUUCCUGUCAGAGAAAUAUUACUCUAACAAUGUAACGAUCUGUGUAAUAUCUCCAGCCUUCUGUUAUCACUUGCGUACUUCAGAAUCUGAAAGGAAAAAUGAAUGUGAAGUUUUCUGUAUUUGGGGGUAAAAACAUUAAAAAAUAUUCAAUAAAAUGAUCCUUUUGUUGAAAACGUGCCUGGCUUGUUCUUCCUUGUACAAGUUUGUGAAUACUUUUGUCACCCUGGUUUACUGUAACAGGAAAAUAAAUCAUACAUGUGUUAAAUUGA